ACUUAAAUUACAACCUACGGAGAACUCCGUAAAUAAGGCAAAAUCAGUCGUUUUAAGAUUAUAUCUGGUCAUCUGGGUCAAUAGAGCUUCUCAUGAAAUGAUAAAACCUCGAUCAUAUUCUCUAUAUAUCUAUCUCUCUUCCGGCAACAAAAUCCUAGCUCGUUAAAAAUGGCAGACAACAAACCCAAGAAGCCUCAUGCCAUCGUCAUCCCCUACCCUCUCCAAGGUCACGUGAUCCCAACUGUUAAUCUUGCUCUGAAGCUGGCCUCCCAAGGCUUCACCAUAACCUUUAUCAACUCCGAAUCAAUCCACCACCAGACCUCCAAGGCUCAAGCCAAAACCGGUGUUGAGUUGUUCGCCAAGGUCCGUGAAUCAGGGCUGGAUAUCCGGUACACCACCGUCUCAGAUGGGCUUCCUGUUGGAUUUGACCGAUCAUUGAACCAUGACCAGUUCAUGGCAUCUCUAUUGCAUGUGUUCUCAGCUCAUAUAGAGGAGGUGGUGGCUCAGAUUGUUGCUUCUGGGGAGGAUGUUCAUUGUUUGAUUGCUGAUACUUUUUUUGUGUGGCCUUCAAAGAUUGCCAAGAAAUUUGGAUUGGUUUAUGUUUCCUUCUGGACAGAACCUGCUUUGGUGUUUACUUUGUAUUAUCAUUUGGAUCUUUUAAGGUUAAAUGGUCAUUUUGCUCGUGAAGAUUGUCGAAAGGAUACAAUAGAUUACAUUCCAGGGGUGAAGGGGAUCGAACAGAAAGAUACUACGUCCUAUAUCCAAGAAACAGAUACUACAUCAAUUUGCCACCAGAUUAUUUUUAGCUGCUUCAAUGAUGCUAAAAAUGCUGAUUUUGUUUUAUGCAAUACGGUUCAAGAACUUGAACCUGAGACCAUAUCAGCUCUACAAGCCAAGAUUCCAUACUACGCAAUUGGACCCAUUUUUCCUAAUGACUUCUCCAAGACCGUUGUGGCCACUAGCCUGUGGUCCGAGUCACAGUGCACCCAGUGGCUAGACAAAAAGCCCCAUGGGUCGGUGUUGUACGUUUCAUUUGGCAGCUAUGCCCAUGUUACAAAAACUGACCUUGCACAGAUAGCAAAUGGGCUUUCCCUUAGCAAGGUGAGUUUUGUAAUGGUGCUUCGCCCUGAUGUUGUGAGCUCUGAUGAUACUGAACCAUUGCCCGUCGGAUUUCAAGAAGAGGUUGCUGACCGUGCAAUCAUCGUACCUUGGUGCAGGCAGAAAGAAGUCUUGGCCCACCCAGCAAUUGGAGGGUUCUUAACUCACUGUGGAUGGAAUUCUAUACUAGAAAGCAUAUGGUGUCAAGUACCAUUCCUGUGUUUCCCUCUGUAUACUGAUCAAUUUACAAAUAGGAAAUUAGUGGUUGAUGAUUGGAAGAUUGGGAUUAAUUUAACUAAUAGGAAGGUGAUCACUAAAGAGGAAGUUUCAGAUAAUAUAAACCGUCUGAUGUGUGGAGAAUCAAGGGAUGAGUUCCGGAACAGAAUCAAGGAGGUGAAGAAGAUAUUGGAAAAUGCAGUGUCACCUACAGGAUCAUCAGAGAAAAAUAAGGUCCAAUUCAUCAAGGAUUUAAAGGCCAAAAUUGAAAAGAUAGCCCAAGCUAAGUGCUCCAAGUGCAAUGGCCAUGCGUAACAAGUGCUAGAACUCACUUGUAUAUAACUUUCCUUUUGGUAGAAUUUAAAUUUUGUAUAUAAAGCAGAUAUUACGCAGCAGGCAGUUACUCACACCCUGCAUAUACGAAUGAUUAUAAUGAUGCUUGGUUCUGUAAUAAUUUAUUUUUCAUUAUUUGGUUUAAAUGAAAAUGACCCACCAAGCUACU